UUUCUUGUGAAUGACACAUUUUCUGAAUCGUCUCUUUUGCAUUCUUUUACUAAAUUUAAAAUUUCUUUAGAAUGGUGGAUCGUUUAGUAAAUAGUGAAGCCAAUGCUAGGAGAAUUGCUAUGGUUGAAAACUGCUUUGGAAGUUCAGGACAGCCCCUGGCAGAACAAGGCAGAGUCCUUGUGGGAGAAGGUGUCCUGACAAAAAUGUGUAGAAAGAAACCGAAAGCUCGUCAAUUCUUUCUGUUUAAUGAUAUACUUGUUUAUGGAAACAUUGUAAUCAACAAAAAGAAAUACAACAAACAACAUGUUAUUCCAUUAGAAGAGGUGAAGUUGGAGUCACUUAAGGAUGAAGGACAAUAUCGCAAUGGUUGGUUAAUAUGUACGGCGUCAAAGUCAUUUGCUGUAUAUGCUGCAACAGCAACUGAGAAAGAAGAAUGGAUGGCUCAUAUAGAGAAAUGUAUAGAAGAUUUGUUAAGAAAGAGUGGAAAACAACCCCCAUCAGAGCAUGCAGCUGUAUGGGUUCCAGACAAUGAAGCAUCUGUCUGUAUGCACUGCAAGAAAACACAAUUCACUGUUCUCAACAGGAGGCAUCACUGCCGUAAGUGUGGGUCUGUCGUGUGUGGGCCAUGUUCGUCGAAACGGUUCGUGCUGAGGGGGCAGAGCGAUAAGCCACUGCGCGUAUGCCUUCAGUGCUACGACGAACUGAACAGGGAACGUGCCCGUCCACCAAACCAGCCCGCUGCCAACGCACCCAAUCCAGUGAAAGCAGGCGAUAACGCAGGCUCCGGUGGGGAUUCGUCGCAGGACGACGACAGCGACGACGAUGACGAGAGACCAAAUGCAGAGGAGAAACACGACGAGCCAAAGUUCUACGGUGAUGGUGAUAAGACUGAAGAGACAAACAACCAUUCGUCCAAGGAGUCGGCCAAGUGAAAAUUGCACCACUGUCUAAAUACAGGUUUAAAGUUUUAUGUAUUUUUUUUUAUAUAGAAAACUCUUUCUUAAACCCAUUUUUCAGGGCAUUACAACUAUUGUUUUUGGGCUACGGAUCAUUAUUUUAUACUAGCUUCUAUACCCAACUUCGUCCGAGGACAUCUCGAAAUUCUUAAAGUGGAAUAAAGAAUAUUUCAACCUCCAUUUGGACUAUGGACUUGUGCGAGUUAAUCGUAAUUUUCUUGUGACAUCUUAAAUUGCAUAGUUCACUAUUGUCCCUUUAUUUUAAUAGUUUAUUUCUAGCGAUUGUAGGUGGUUGUUUGAAAUUAAUAAAGCAUAAUGGCAUCGUCAUGUUGUCACCGAAUUUAGAUGAUACGGGUCCAAUUAGGCAUGCAUUACACAGUGGAAUUUUAAUUUUGUAGUGAUUAAAAAAAAAACAGUAUCCAAUUGUAUUUCACCAUGAAUGCCUUUUUUAUUCGAGUUAGAGAAGCUAGAUAUUAAUGUAUCCACAAUUUGUAGUAGGUAUUUGUAAUGUUAACCUAGUUUUGGACGAACUGUAGGUAUUUCGGGGAGUUAUCAGCUUUAAAACUCGCUCAAAAGUUUCAUACCGGGGCUUUGAUUAUUUUUCUUAUCAAUUUAAAGUCGUAUUUAUUUACUGUAACACCGUUAUCAUGGUUCUAAUCGAUAUUCUAACGUUUAGUUUAAGAUAGCUGUACGGUUAUGUCAAUACAAUAUUUAAUAUUUACAUGAGUUAGAAUAUUUUUUAAUUAUAUAAGAACGUUAUAUUAUAGUUUUCUAUUUUGCUAUUUCAAUUGUUGAAUAUUGCUGAUUGAUUUUUAAAGUAUGGGUAAGCUAACUAGAGAUGGAUAUGUAGUUCUUACAAAUGUUAUUACUAUGUGAAGAAAUAUGUACUUUAUCAGGUUUGUAUUGGAAUUGUUAUUAUUUAAAUAUAAUAUUCGGCUAGUUCGAUUUGCAUUUAUAUAAACAAAUUGUACAAAUAAACUAUUGUUUGAAAAUCCGAUACAGAACAAGGUUAUUAUAGUUCAAAUCUCGACGAUAUUUUUUCGGACUAUACAUACCUAUAUUUCAUAGACAACUUUCUUCAUUUUGAAAAACAUUUAAUCUAAUGCAAAAUAUAUGCAAAGUAAUGUAGAUGGAUAUAAGAAAAAGAGAGUUAUUUCCCGUACCAAAAUUAUCUAAAAACUAUAAAUGUAAUUAAAAAUUAUCGAUACUAUCCAAGCAUCAUGUACUCAAAAACAUUUAGCUUACCUCGAGGUGUUAAGUGAGACGUCUUUGAAACUACGAUAUCUAGCAACUUUCACGCUUACACCCAGUUUUUGAAUUGAGUAUUUAAAGUUAAGCUAGUUAAGUUUGAGACGCAAACUAUACUUAAACGUCACUUAAAUAUGUUUUCGUUUCUGAUUCAGGUUCAGAGCAUUUCGCCUUUUGAAAAGUAAAAAACUUGUUUUAUUGAGAAUAAUUUUGUAUUUUUUUCAAUUCCGAAACCUGCCAGAAGUAUCAAUACCUCCUGAGUUUGCUCCGUAGAGGGCUAAAAUACGUGUAAAAUGUAUUUCUUGCGAGAUUAGUGACCAACUGUGCAGAUGCAUUUGUCUGCGAUAAUAUGUGUUGCAGUCAAGCCGAACUUAUAUUACGAAUAAAUUCGUUUCAUAAACUAAUCUGGGCAAUUUGAAACUACUUUCGUAAUAGCGUUCAAUCAAAAUGAUGUCUUGAGACACUGGCUCCACCAUCCAAGCUUUACUAUGCACAACAGUCACCGUGUAAAUCUGGGUGAAAUUAGCUGCGUGAAACUAGUUUCAUCGAAAAUAUCAUAACACGAAACUACUUUAGUGUCGUAAAACUAAUGUAUGCAUUGCAAAACUGGACAUUUACACGUGCAAAUGCUAAUUUAAAUAAUUCAAUGAAACUAGUUUCAUGAUUCAUUACAUUACUAUUGUAAUGUGAAUUAUCAAGUACGGAACUUGCUAGAUAUCGGUAUAAAUUAAAAUAAUUGUGUUCAAUAUACACAGUGGCACAUCACGUUACUAUAAGUCAAAUUUGAACCAUUUUCGAACAUAAAUUGAUAUAAAAUGCCCUUUUGUGAUUAAUCUGACCUGUCCGUACGUACAUUUUAACGUUUUAUGAGUCUUUGUUUUCACAUAUUGCGCGAAAAGAAAGACAUUUCCAGAUAGACCUAAUUUUAUUAUGUAAACAAAUGCUAUGUAGCAAUUGUAUAUGUAUAUUAGAAUUUUAGUUGUAAGAGGUGCAUUAAUCUAUUUCUCGUUGGAAAGGCGGUUUUUAUUUUAUAAGUAUUUAAUUAUAGAUAGCUUGUUUACAAAAAAAGAAUCAUAUCCAACGACUUUCAGUCGGCUUACUAGGUCUAGUUUAUUUAUUAUUAAAAUGUAUAACUUAGGCCUAAAUUUCAAUACGUUACUCGAUCACUGUUUGUUAAUUCCCAAAAUAUUGCUAAGCGAAAUAUGUUAAGAUAUUGUUUAAUUUUCAGUUGACAAAUAUACAAUAAUAUUUUUU